AUGGCCGAGGAUGCAGCGGCCCUGGAGCUCCUGCCGGCGGCGCAGCUCAAGCGCAGGGCCGCGGUGCUCGGCGUCAGCCUGGCGGGCUGCUUCGACAAGCGCGAGAUGGCGCGCAGGCUGGCGGCAGCGGCCCCCUCGCCGCCGUCGCCCGCCGCCAUCGACGAGCCAGGGUCGCCCCUGAGACGGACACAGGAGCCAGCCGUGUCGCCGUCGCCAUCGCCGUCGCCGUCGCCAGAUUUGAAUGCCAUGUCUAUGCGCGAGCUGAAGCAUCUGAGCAAGACCUACAGCGUCGACCUCACAGGCUGGCUGCUUAAGUAA